AUGCAGGGAGACGUGGAAUGUGUUGAUGUGCUCAUUAUCGGAGCGGGCCCUGUAGGCCUCAUCACGGCGCUCCAGCUUGCUAAGUUCGGCGGUGUCUCCGUUCGAAUCGUCGAGAAACAUGCCAAGUCUGAUCAAGAUGCGUACGGUCGUGCUAUUACGCUCUUUCCUCGAACAACAGAGAUGCUUGACCAGCUAGGCCUUGCUGAUGAGCUGUUGUCAAGUUGUUUCGCUUGUCGUGAUACGGUUACUUACAAUGCUCAGGGUGAAGAGGUCGACGGUCGUGGGUGGAGUUUCAUGAAACACAUGAAUGAUACAGCGUUCGAUUUCGCACUUGUCCUGAGACAAAAGUUCCAAGAAGAGAUAUUUCGAAACGCGUUGAAGCAGCACGGCGUAUGUGUAACAGCACCGAUAGAGUUGAUCACCGCUUCAGUUGAUAGGAGUAUCCCCGUUGGAGGCCAUAAGGUAACAGCAGUUCUUCUUAACCACCAAAAUGGAGCCUACGAAAUUGUGAAAUGCAAAUACUUGAUUGGUUGUGAUGGAGGACGCUCAUCUGUUCGGCGUAUCUUCAACAUUGCCUUCGAAGGUUCUAUUAGUGAAGAUCAAUGGGUGAGGAUAGAUGGUCAGGUCCAAACUGACUUGCCCAAACCUCGCUCAUACUGCUCAAUCGAGUCUCCAACACAUGGAAACGUGCUUUGGGCUGCCUUGGAUCACGGAGCUACAAGAAUUGGCUAUGCAUUUACUGAUGAUCGGGCCAACGCAUAUCAAGAGUUCGACGAGGCCGCCGCUGUUAAGGAGGCUAUUGCCGCAGUUAAGCCCUUUCGCCUUGAAUUUGAGCGUGUCGAUUGGUGGACAAUCUACACAGUAGGACAGCGCAUAGCCGAAUCCUUCUUCGUCAAAGGCUGUGUCUUUCUUGCCGGAGAUGCCUGCCACACCCACUCAUCAGCCGCAGCGCAAGGAAUGAACACCGGUAUCCACGAUGCUGUGAACCUUGCUUGGAAACUAAGUCUUGUCCUCCGCGGAUGCGCAAAGCCUGAGAUCCUUGAGACAUAUCAUACGGAACGGCUGGUAAAUAUAUCAAAACUUAUCGAGUACGACAGAGAUAUCAGCCAGCUCAUGUCAAAUCAUCUACCUGAGAAAUGGCAAGGUGAUCCAGAUGCCGACAUCAACGUGGUUCUUGCGCAGGUCUUAGAAGAGAUUGGAACUUUUACUAAUGGACUUGGCAUCUCCUAUGAUAUUCAAAAAGAUAACCCCUUAAAUGUAGAGGGUUCGUUUAUCAGCGCGCACCAACUAGUUAAGCCAGGAAUGAGAGGCCCGGAUAUCACACUCCUGCGCCCGGGAACACUCGAGUCAACAAGGUUAAUCCGUGAGCUACCUAAUACCACAAAGUUCAACGUCGUAAUUUUUACGAGCAAUCAAGUACCCGCUAUUCCGAAGGUGGUGUACGACGAUAUAACACGCUCGCUAGCCCUAGAACGACCCGUUCUUAUGAGUUACUUGAAAUUCAUCACAAUUCUCCCCAAGCCUACGCCUUCGCCAUAUGAAAUACUCGGACACGAGCCUAUCGGGCGUGUUUAUUUCGUCAAGGAAGACGGAGCUGCGUACCACCGAUAUGGAAUUGACAUCUCGCGGGGCGCAAUCGUAGUGCUAAGGCCAGACGGCUGGAUUGGUACAAUGAUUGAGUUGGGAAACAGGGCUGCUUGGGAGCUUGAAAGUUAUUUCGACAAAAUUCUCUUCUAUCGUUCGGCUUAG